UUUUUUUAUUACCGGAAGUUGACGAACAAAGAUGCGGAAGUGGAAAUUUAGCGCCAACGGAUGAAAAAUGGAUGCGCGGAGACUAAAAACAAAAGUAACAGCUGGCUUCAAAAUGCGAGGAUUAAUGUUGCGACCUGAAGCCAGCAAAUAUCUGUUGGAGGUGUUGGAGUCUGUCAGUGAAGUAGAACUGGAUGAUGUCAUUGAGCGGAUCCUGGAUGGAGUUGAAAAACAACCCUUGUCCUCUAGCAUGAUUGAGCUCUCUGUAGCUGAGACUGCUGUGCAGGACUGCAGUCAGUCAUGUGAUGAAACUAUAGACAACAUUUUUAACAUCAUUGGAGCUUUUGACGUGCCUAGAUUUAUGUACAGCACAGAAAGGAAGAAAUUUGUCCCUAUUAGCAUGACCAGCCAUCCAAUUCCUAGUGUGUGUGGCCAAGCUAGAGACAAGGCUGAGCUCUUUAGGGAACGCUAUAGCAUCCUACAGCAGCGGAUACACAGACAUGAACUUUUUACUCCACCAGUGAUUGGUUUGGCUGCAGAUGAAGGGAGAAAUAAAUUUCAGUUAAUGACUGUGGAGGCUCUUUUAGGAAGCACUGCAAAACUGGGUGAAGUCAUUGUCCUUGGUAUGAUCACACAGCUUAAAGAGGGCAAGUUUUUUCUUGAAGACCCGACUGGCUCUGUGCAGUUGAACCUUUCCAAGGCACAGUUCCACAGUGGGCUGUACACAGAGUCUGGCUUUGUCUUGGCUGAAGGGUGGUAUGAAGACUCAGUCUUCCAUGCCAGUGCCUUUGGGUUUCCACCAAUUGAACCCUCCUCUACUACCAGGGCAUAUUAUGGUAAUGUGAAUUUCUUUGGUGGUCCAUCCACCAUUGCGGUGAAAGCCUCUGCCAAGCUGAAGCAGCUUGAAGAGGAGAAUGAGGAUGCUAUGUUUGUUAUCAUUUCUGACUUGUGGCUGGACAGUGUGGAGGUCCUGGAGAGGAUCCAGACCAUGUUUUCAGGCUAUUCAGCAAUGCCUCCCACCUGCUUCAUCUUCUGUGGGAACUUCUCCUCUGCCCCAUAUGGCAAAAGUCAGAUCAAGUCACUUAAAGAGUCUUUGAAGGCUCUAGCUGAUUUAAUUUGUGAGCAUCCCAGCAUCCACAACAGUAGUCGCUUUGUGUUUGUUCCUGGCCCUGAAGACCCUGGACCCAGCACCAUCUUGCCCAGGCCUCCCUUAGCUGAACACAUCACUGAAGAAUUUAGACAGCGAGUCCCUUUCUCUGUCUUCACCACAAACCCAUGCAGGAUACAGUACUGCAGUCAGGAGAUAGUGGUGAUCCGAGAAGACCUGGUCAACAAGAUGUGUAGGAACUGCUUGAGACUUCCCAGCACCAACCUCGACAUCCCAAAUCAUUUUGUGAAGACUAUCUUGUCUCAGGGCCAUCUGACCCCACUUCCCCUGUAUGUCAGUCCAGUGUACUGGGCAUAUGACUACGCCUUGCGUGUCUAUCCUGUUCCUGACGUUAUUGUCUUUGCUGAUAAAUAUGACCCCUUCAGUAUCUCCAACUCAGAUUGCCUCUGCAUCAACCCGGGUUCUUUUCCAAGAAGUGGAUUUUCUUUCAAGGUAUACUAUCCAUCAAACAGAAUAGUGGAGGACAGCAAAUUACAAGGACUUUGAAACGGAACUCAUGUGGUGAUUGAUAGUUGUAUGAGACUGUUAUAUACAAUGUAAAGUAAAUGUAAUGUCUUGUUAUAGUCUAUUUGCCUUAAGUGUGACUUCAAUACUAAUAUGUGUACAUAAAUAAACUAUCUCUCAUUAUGUCAAAUUAAAAAUAUUGUCCGAAGAUGAACUUCAA